AUGUCCGGAGUUUUCACCAAAAAGGUCUGCUGUUUUAGGCAUUUUGCAUCAGUUUGCAUCGACACAACGCAAUUCGGCAUAGCUGUCGUGUUCCUUUUGCUUUCCGCGAAAAACAUCCACGAUUUCAUCAAUGCAUUCUUCGGUGCUGAAAUUUCAUUUUGUUAUAUAAUACUGGUAGUUGGCGCUUGCUUGCUUCCCGUAACUUUCCUGAAAUCACCUCAGGAUUUCUGGUGGGCUGUUGUGCUAGCAAUGGUAACAACGACGUGUGCGCUGUUCUUGGUCAUGAUCGGUGCCGUACUGGAUUAUCCAACAUGUGCGCCAGUUCGUGGUACCAAUCAGAAAUUCGUGGCUUCGAACUACUUAAUGGCACUUGGUACUUACUUGUUUGCCUAUGGUGGCCAUUCCGCGUUUCCAACCAUCUUGCACGAUAUGGAAAAACCAUACCACUUCACACGCUCCGCUAUUUUCGCCUUCGCUGGUAAUAUAUUCAGGCAGUCGAGCAACAUUUCUGUUACAGUUUAA